AUGGCGUCUAAGUACAAGGACAAAGACGCCGGCGUGCUUCUCUCCUUUAAUGGCCAAUGGGUGAGCUGGCUGCACACCGGCGCUGCAUAUGCCGCCUUCCUUAGUGCUCUUUUCGUCGGCGUUUCCCUCCACUACACAAAGAUCGUCCAGAACGAAUGGUUCGGCUACCCCGAAGAAUGGUUCCCCUCCGUCUCCGCCACCAUCGGCGAUCGCUUCCCCGAGCGCUCCUUCUUCAUGCUCUUCAUCGCCCUCACCUCCGGCCCGCGCUUCGCCCUCGUCGGCCUCUGGUACCUGCUGACCGCCAAGCCCGGCCGCACCCUGCCCAAGACCGUUGCAUACUUUGGUGUCUUCCGCACCUUCACCUGCGGCGGCUGGACCUACGUCACCUCGACAGACAACCACGACUGGCACGACAUCUUUAUGAUUUCGUAUCUCGUGGCCACCAUCCCCUGGAUGUUUGGCUGCCUGGCUCUGAGCCCCAACAACGCCACCGCCAUCAAGUACCGCAAAUAUGUCGCCGGCGCUUUCUUUGGCACCAUUGUUCCGCUCGUCUACUUUUUCAUCCAGCACAAGGUGCACCGCGUUCCGGGUGCUUACACGAUCUACGCCUUCUUCGAGUGGUCCCUCGUCCUCUUCGAUGUUGCUUUCGAUGCCGUUACCGCUCUCGAUUUCGACACCUUUGAGCUCGUCGUCAAAGAUACCAAGGGGAUCAGCAAGGGUGCUCCCCCGCUUGACCGUGAAAAGGAAAAGGCCACCGCCGGCGUUUUCUCCACAUCCUUCACCCUUAGUGAGGCUCUAGAUGCUGCCGCCGAUGUCUACCACGGCUUCGCCUUCUGGUCCGUCCUGACCAGCCUGGGUCUGACCGUCUGGUACUUCCCGCUGUGGCACAUGGGCAUCUCAGGCUACGAGGCCUUUGUCAUGUCCACCAUCUCGCCUUUCCUGCUUGCCAUCCGUCCCUUCCGCACCCUCGUCGUCCGCAACUUGCGCUUCGUUCACCUGCUGUCGCUUGCUGGCCUCACUGCCUAUAUGGUCCACGACCCCGUCUACCGCCUCUUCACCAUCGGCUUCGGUGUCUCCCUGCAGUGCCUUGGCUGGGCCGCCACCUUCUACGCCGACGCCAGCCAUGACUCCCGUGUCGAGUCCCGCGUUCUUGCCUUCGUCAUCGGUCUUCUCAUGUCCAGCAUCGCCAAGUUCGCUUGGCAUACCAACAACCCCAUCUGGCCGAUCAUGCACGCCGAGAACGGCGGCUGGAACGGCACUGGUCUCGUCCUGGCCAUCCUUGCUGCUCUGCGCUUUACCCGCAGACGUCCGGCUGCUGCUGGCGGCGACAUUACGGACCGGACAACUGGUCCGUCCUCGGCCCUAUUCGCCCUGAGCUUCGGCGGUCUCUUAUUCGCUUUGCACUCUCUGUUGUCCGACACCAGCACCAUGAUUCUGUGGGUCUGGGAGGGCUACCCGGUCCGGGGCCCCCUCUCCAACAUCCACGCCUACUACACCAUCUUUGCCAUGACUGGCGGCAUUGUUUUUGGUGUGGUUGUGCCAGGUCUUGCGUCGUCCUGGUCCGCCUUCGGCGUCGCAUCGGUCGGCGCCGCUGUGCUCACCCUCUACAGCAACUGGUUCGGCUACUAUGGAGCCCUUGUCUUGGCCACGUAUCUCAUGGCCCUGUCUGUACCGUUGAUCUCGGCCUCGUCUAAAAAGAGCCCGGCCCUGACCUUUGGCCUGGGCUUCCUUGUCUACAACUUCAUGGUUCUCUUCCAUGUGUGGGUUGUCGCCUAUGCCUUCGUACCUGGUGGUCCCCUUGUCCGUGAACAUACCGACUGGAUCAUGACUGUCACCAUGCUGCUAAUCGGCUGCGGUAUCUUCAACCUCAACACUGCCCGCUCUAUCCAACGCCCCGCCAAGUACGCCAAGCGCGUCGCCAGCAACGCCCUACCUGCCCGCCACCGCAAGCACUAUUUUGGUGUCGCUGGCGUUCUCAAUAUCCUGUUCCUGUGUGCCGCGUUCAUGCGCUUCCCCAGCAACGACUACAAGGGCUACCAUGCCGACGACCGUGUCAUCACGGCCGGUAUCUGGACCAUCCACUUUAGCUUGGACAACGACAUGUGGAGCUCCGAGCGCCGCAUGCGUGAUCUCAUCAAGGAGGCCGAGCUAGAUGUUGUGGGUUUGUUGGAGAGCGACCUACAGCGCAUCAUCAUGGGCAACCGCGACACCACGCAGUACCUCGCUGAGGACCUGGGCAUGUAUGUCGACUACGGUCCGGGUCCCAACAAGCACACUUGGGGCGCUGCUCUACUGUCCAAGUUCCCCAUUGUCAACUCGACCCACCACCUACUACCUAGCCCCGUCGGCGAGCUGGCCCCCGCCAUCCACGCCACCCUCGAUGUUCACGGCACCCUGGUCGACGUCUUUGUCUUCCAUUCGGGCCAGGAGGAAGACCCCGAGGACCGUCGCCUGCAGUCCGAGUACCUGGCCAAGCUCAUGGGAAGCACCGACCGUCCCAGCUUCCUGCUGAGCUACCUGGUGACCAAGCCGCUCGAGGGCAACUAUAAUACCUACGUUUCGGACAAAUCGGGUAUGCACGACGUCGAUCCCACCGACUGGGACCGCUGGUGCGAGUACAUUCUAUUCAAGGGCCUGCAACGCGUCGGCUACGCCCGCAUCAGCCGCAGCACCAUUACCGACACCGAGCUGCAGGUCGCCAAGUUUGUCGUCCCUGACAAGGCCGCUGACGCCCAGCGCGCGCAGUACCUAUUUGAUGUCGAGGAGGAAGUGCGCAAUCGCCGUGUCGAUGAGUCCGAGGUACCUGUCGGCUGGCGCUUCCCCGCACUAUUCCGCGGUGAAGGUGUGCGUGGCCACCGCUACCACGUCUUUGACGAACCGCGCUACUACGGCUAUUAA